GCAGUAUCAGGUUGUACUGGCCUCACACAUCUAAGUAAGACUACACCCAUCCUGGAGAGUAAUAGAGACCAGCUAACUCGUAAUCAGCCCUUCGGAGACUGAGUUCAGGAUCAGAACCAAGGACCUAGACCGUUCCAUCCCAACCCACUGGACCGAUUGGUGCCUUUCUGAAGCUAAUUAAUCAAUCCAGGAUUGGUGCGCUGCCACAAGUGGCUGCCCUGCUAUUGGCUACUCAAUUAUUCACAAGUUCAAUGCGGAGAGAGAGAGAAGGGGAGAAAGUAAGUGAGACGAGGAGCGACGGAUGUUGAGAGGAGAAAAAAGGAGGAUCUUUGGAAAAGGGAGAAAGACUAGGACUGGAAAAUCUGUAAAGUUGAAAACACAGCACUAGAUGUUGAAGAGAAAAACGAAUCCAAAAGACGCUUGAGAAGAGAAGGUGGUUGAAGACAGACGGGUGAUCCUAACAGAGGAAAACAAAAAAACAGGACACUGAGGAGAGGAAGAAUCGAAUUGAAUCUGAUCCGGGUGCUUCCUUAGUCCAAAGACAACCGCAGCCAUGGUCAACACAGGUAUGCAGCUGAUCAGCUUCACAUGUGCGGUGACAGGCUGGAUCAUGGCCAUCGCUGUGACGGCGUUGCCCCAGUGGAAGGUCUCGGCCUUCAUUGGCAGCAACAUUCUGACAUCAGAGAUCAAGUGGGAGGGCAUCUGGAUGAACUGCAUCUACCAGACCACGGGCCACAUGCAGUGUAAGACCUAUGACUCCAUGCUGGCCCUGCCUCCAGACAUCCAGGCCGCGCGCGCCCUGAUGUGCGUGGCCAUCUUCCUCGGCUGGCUGUCCUGUACCGUGUCCUGCUGUGGCAUGAAGUGCACGACCUGCGCAGGCGACGACCGUCGCGCCAAGGCGGGCAUCGCGCUGUCCGGCGGAGUCCUGUUCAUCGUCACAGGCCUGUGUGUCCUAGUGCCCGUCUCCUGGACCGCCAACACGGUGGUCCAGGACUUUUACAACCCCAACGUGCCCACUAUGCACAAGCGAGAGCUUGGCCAGGCCAUCUACCUGGGCUGGGCAUCGGCGGUCAUCCUUAUGAUCAGCGGGGCGGUGCUGAGCAGCACCUGCCCCCACAUGGAGAGGGGAGCGGGGGGCUACCACCGGGGGUACAUGGGCCGGAGCUUUGCUAACUCACGGCCCUCGGCGCCGGAGCCUCCUAAGCCCAUCUCCUCAAACAGCCUUCCCCUGAAGGAGUAUGUGUAGACUGCUGAGUGGGGGUGAUGUGGCGGGAAUGUUACACACAGCGAAGAUGGGGUGACUCAUGAAAAAGACUUGUAUAGGAAGACUGACAGACCUGUGUAUGUAUGUAAGGAGGGUGGGAGGGUAGAGGAAGCGGUGACUUGAAGGGCUUGAAGUGAAGCAAGGGAUAUAGAAUUCUUCUCUCAGUUACUCUCUUGGUUUGAUGGAUUUAGAUUGACGUUUAUGCUGGAUGUAUUUAUUCAAUGUAAGUUAUUGUUUGUAUGUAUAUACAUCUUUUUCUGAUUGUAUUUAAUGCACUAAAAUAUAGUGGUAGUGCCUGAGUUGAAUAUUUUCUAAGAAUUCCUCAGUUCUUUGACAAGCCUUUGACGAGAGCCUCCAUGCACUCUAGGUCUGUCAACAGACACACUGAAUACGUGUGACUUUGUGAUGAGGAGUGGUGUUCUUGCACAAUUGUCCUCAUAUAACCAUUUCAUGUUUGGGUUUGAAUACGUUCACACAAUUGUAAACAAAUAAACUGAUUUGUAAAA